GUAUUAUACAAGAAACACGCCUAUUGAUCUCCAAAUAUUUAAUCGAGUCUUACUAAUUCAACAAAUACAGAGCCCCCCACAUACAAAUACUCGCCCCCCAUGUUCGUGUGCUCAUGGCUAUAAAUAGAGAGCCCGUAUACCAUCUCUCUCACAAACUUACACGAAAGCAAUCGCUCCCUUACUUCUUCUUCUCUCUCUCUAUAUAUAUACUUAACAAAAAUUAAAGAAUUUAUUUUCUGAGACCAUGUCAGGUGUUUGGGUGUUCAAAAACGGAGUCACGCGUCUAGUGGAGAACCCAGGCCAAUCCAGCAAAAAGAAGGUUUUGGUUUACUUGCCGACUGGUGAAGUAGUCUCUUCUUACUCAUCACUUGAAGAGAACCUAUUGAGCCUUGGGUGGAAGAAAUACGACGAUGGAGAAGCAGAUCAACUCAAGUACUACAAACCCGGUUCCAUCGAACUCAUCUCCUUACCGAAAGAGUUCUCCAAGUUCAGAUCCGUUAACAUGUACGACAUCGUCAUCAAGAACCGUGAUUCCUUCAGCGUCCGUGAUUCAACUGAAUAAUUCCACGUAUUCAUUUGGGUCUAGUUUGUAUGUUGUUUAAUUUGUUCCAACCAAUAAAUUCCAGACAGGAAUAUCUACAAUAAUCAUGACUUCGUUUUUUUCAUCACUUUUUUUGUCUCCAAGUUUGUUGCAUGUGCUUGCUUCUGUCUUCGUCAUCUUUGUGUGGAUUGUGUCGCCGUCGUUUGUUUGCUUUUUUUACCUUUGUAAUUAUGUUGAUCGAUGUAAUAAAGGUGUGUUUCUUUGGGGACAUUUGUUCUUAGUCCAAAACUGUGGGUUAACGUCAACAAAACACAUCAACUGAAAAUAUUUUCUUAGGAUGUUAUAUUAUACUCUAAAU